AUGGAAACGGAACCUAAAGCUAGAACCCCUCCAAGCAAAACUCCGGAACAAGGAAAUGUUCUUUUCGAGAGUUCCUGGUUCCAGAUCUGGGGAGACUUCUGGCACAAGAGUGAUGACUAUCGCGUUGUCAAAAUUCUAGAUCAAGAUCUACGAAGCUGCAUCAUCCAAACGACUUCAGCAUACAUCGCUCAUUCUGGGAUACAGGUGAGGUGGGAUGCAGUACUCGCUAUCGAGUCACCUUUCAAGCUACUUGUUUACAGCUAUGAUGACUUGGAAUCUGCUGCAGUCUCGGUCUCUACUGCUUCGGAGGUUGCCAAAGGUCUAAGGUCUCUUCUCGACGAAGCGAACAAACUUCAGAAUCCUGCAUCAUGGAAAAUACCCGAGGAAAUUGAAAAUGCUCGAAACUUCCACGUGGAAUUUGAUUUAUUAUGGGCCAUUUUCAAACCUGGGAGUCUGAUUGUUUCAUCGUGUGAACCUAGCAAACAUCCCCAGAUCUUCAAAGUCCAUCAGGCCAGGUAUAAAGACCGUCCCCCAAUGGAUUAUCAGUUCUACGGCAUGGGACUUGUUAAAAAAAGGGCCCUUCUUAUUCAUGCUUGGGCCUGGGAUUGGAACGGGUCUGAACUUUUCCGCAAUAUGUUCGAAAUUCAGAUAGAAGCCUACACAGGCCAGAAGUCACCGACAGAACUUAGCUGCUACCCAGCCACAUUGUACUUAGGAUCUGGAAACAAAAGAGGAAUCAGUGCCGUCUACGAGAGUGCGAUCUACCAAAACCGCAAAGAGAACUAUGUCAAAUACACCUUCCAGCAAAAGCCUCCCGCGCAAAAGUUGCUACGAUACUCCGGCGAAUUUCGUGGUAUUCCUGCCCUCUCAGAGGAACGACUGUUUCUCAUGCGUGAAGCGGACACAAAAGGAUUUAAGGAGUUACCUUACGCCAAGGUUGACGAGGACAUAGUACUAGACACAGUAAACUAUUUGCGAAAAACAUUGUCUACCUUGUGGCUUGGUGAUAUUCGAGUUGCUCGGGAGUCAAUACCAUGCCACUGUCCAUUGUGUCUUAGCGAUGAGGCCAUAUUAUGGGUCGAAUCUAUCGAAAAGGGCAACGCACCGUUCUCUGUCGAAAAUGAGCUGCUACUUACACCUAGAGUUGUGGGAUUUGCCCUGAACAGGAAAGAAUGGGGACAGUUCUGGUUGAAUAAUAUUGAGGUGGUCAAUAAAUCCGAGGGUGCUGUCCGGGAAAGCAGGGGAAAAGAUCUUAUCCUACCGGUUGGUAUGAAUGAAGACGAGGAACGGCACAUUUACGCAAUGGUCAACAAUCAUUCAAGGGCUAUGGCUAGACCACGAAGCCAGAGACUGAUGGAUGUGAUCGGAAAAAAAGGAGAGAGCCUGAUCUUACUAUUUCAUGGAUACAGCGGGACAGGAAAGACACUCUAUGCCGAGUCAUUGGCUAAAAACUCAGGCAAACCGCUUUUCAAAGUGGGUACCAGUGACAUUGGGUUCAUUGGCCCUCGCGCAGAACGUGACCUGAAGACUAUAUUCGAACUCGCCGAAGCCUGGAAUGCAAUCUUGCUUAUAGAUGAAGCGGAUGUCCUCCUAGAUGCUAGAGGCAAGGAUAACGAAAGUCUUGUGUCGAAGAAUGCAUUGGUGUCCGUUCUGCUUCGAGAAGUUGAAUACUUUAAAGCCUUCGAUCCGGCGAUCCUGUCUCGUAUUCAUCAUGCCGUCAACUUCGGAGAGCCUGACAGCAAUCAGGAGGAAAGAAUCUGGAAGAUGUGGCUGGAUCGUCUACAUCGUCAAGGCUUGUGUGAUGACUAUGCAGAUCUGAAAAACUGGGUUGACGAUACUGUCAGCGAUACCCGGCGACCUCAUCUUCUGAGUGGGAGAGAGAUCCGAAAUAUCUUCAUAGUUGCACAAAUGCUCGCGGAGAAAGAGGACGGAGAUAUCAAAAUAACCCGAGCGCAAGUGAAUAGCGCAUAUAAGUACAAAAAGGAUUUUAGGCACGACACGGAGAAGAUGAGGACGGAAGCCAAAACUCUUUUGGCGGACAGAAAGCGAUAG